GUUCCCCGGAUGAAGUUGUGAUUGACUGUUACACGGCUAAAAAGUUGAGCUCUAGUCGAGAGGUGGUUCUGCAGCCCGUGUGUUCUAAGGAAGGCAGAAUGCAGACCAUGAAGUGUGUAGUGGUGGGGGACGGUGCUGUGGGUAAAACAUGCCUCCUCAUCUCCUACACCACCAAUGCUUUCCCAGAGGAGUACAUCCCCACCGUGUUCGACAACUACAGCGCCCAGGUUCACCUGUGUUUUCCUCUGUCUGUGUGUUCGUCUGCGUGUGUGUGUUUUUUACAGCUGGGUUUUUACAUCUCUGUGUGUGUGUGUGUGUGUGUGUGUGUGUGUGUGUGUGUGUCGCAGAUGACGGUAGAUGGUCGCAGCAUCAGCCUCAACCUGUGGGACACAGCCGGACAAGAGGAGUACGACCGCCUCCGUACUCUGUCCUACCCCCAAUCCAACGUCUUCGUCAUCUGUUUCUCCAUCGGGAGUCCUUCCUCCCACGCCAACGUCCGCCACAAGUGGCACCCGGAGGUGUCUCACCACUGCCCCAGCGUGCCCAUCCUCCUAGUGGGGACCAAGAGGGACCUGAGGAGUGAUGGGGAGACGGUGAAGAAGCUGAAGGAGCAGGGUUUAGCUCCCACCACACAGCAACAGGGGAACAGCAUGGCUAAGCAGAUAGGAGCGGUGAAGUACAUGGAAUGCUCUGCUCUGACGCAGGAAGGGGUCAGGGAAGUGUUCAGCGAGGCAGUACGGGCCGUGUUGUAUCCCGUUACCAAAAAGAAUGCCAAGAAGUGUGUACUGUUGUAAUGAAAUGGGUUGGUGGCUGGGACUAAGGGAGGCACAUGGAUGGAGAGAGUGAGGAGAAAAGACUGGAGAGAGACUAUGACGGGGAGCAAGUUUGAGUUUGUUGGAGGAGAUGGACUCAGGCCCCUCUGCCUGUAAAGACUCUUGAUUCAGCUCACUUCUCUCCUUCCUCCAGUACCCUCAAAAUCAAAUCAGGACCUCGAAGCCAGUUCCACGGCAUUUAUUUAGUUCCUUCUUACUCUCUAAUCAGGGAAAAGCUUUAGACCUGGGACACCAGGUGGGAGCAAUUCAUAAUCAGGCAGAACUGAAAACCAGUUGUAGUCUGGACCUCGUAGGGUCAGAGUUGAAUACCCUGGCUCUAUUCUUUUCCUCUCUGCAGAGUUUAAUCCACUUCUCAUUGUAUCACCAAAGUGACUAUGCCAACAGAGCUGCAGGGGAGAAUAUAGUCUUUCUCUCCAACAGUCUGCUCAAACUCCUAUUAAUGUUAUCUAUUGAUAUCACUUGAUUUGUAGCAAUGUUCGAAAAGAUGCUUCUGCAUUAGCUAAUACAAUCGGUCUAGAAGAUGCUUCUGCAUUAGCUAAUACAAUCGGUCUAGAAGAUGCUUCUGCAUUAGCUAAUACAAUCGGUCUAGAAGAUGCUUCUGCAUUAGCUAAUACAAUCGGUCUAUAAGAUGCUUCUGUAUUAGCUAAUACAAUCGGUCUAGAAGAUGCUUCUGCAUUAGCUAAUACAAUCGGUCUAGAAGAUGCUUCUGCAUUAGCUAAUACAAUCGGUCUAGAAGAUGCUUCUGCAUUAGCUAAUACAAUCGGUCUAUAAGAUGCUUCUGUAUUAGCUAAUACAAUCGGUCUAGAAGAUGCUUCUGCAUUAGCUAAUACAAUCGGUCUAGAAGAUGCUUCUGCAUUAGCUAAUACAAUCGGUCUAGAAGAUGCUUCUGCAUUAGCUAAUACAAUCGGUCUAGAAGAUGCUUCUGCAUUAGCUAAUACAGUCGGUCUAUAAGAUGCUUCUGUAUUAGCUAAUACAGUCGGUCUAAAAGAUGCUUCUGCCUUAGCUAAUACAAUCGGUCUAUAAGAUGCUUCUGCAUUAGCUAAUACAAUCGGUCUAUAAGAUGCUUCUGUAUUAGCUAAUACAAUCAGUCUAGAAGAUGCUUCUGCAUUAGCUAAUACAGUCGGUCUAUAAGAUGCUUCUGCAUUAGCUAAUACAGUCGGUCUAUAAGAUGCUUCUGCCUUAGCUAAUACAAUCGGUCUAAAAGAUGCUUCUGCAUUAGCUAAUACAAUCGGUCUAUAAGAUGCUUCUGCAUUAGCUAAUACAAUCGGUCUAAAAGAUGCUUCUGCAUUAGCUAAUACAAUCGGUCUAUAAGAUGCUUCUGCAUUAGCUAAUACAAUCGGUCUAGAAGAUGCUUCUGCAUUAGCUAAUACAAUCGGUCUAUAAGAUGCUUCUGCAUUAGCUAAUACAAUCGGUCUAUAAGAUGCUUCUGCCUUAGCUAAUACAAUCGGUCUAUAAGAUGCUUCUGCAUUAGCUAAUACAGUCGGUCUAUAAGAUGCUUCUGCAUUAGCUAAUACAGUCGGUCUAUAAGAUGCUUCUGCAUUAGCUAAUACAGUCGGUCUAAAAGAUGCUUCUGCCUUAGCUAAUACAAUCUGUCUAAAAGAUGCUUCUGCAUUAGCUAAUACAAUCGGUCUAUAAGAUGCUUCUGCAUUAGCUAAUACAAUCGGUCUAUAAGAUGCUUCUGCAUUAGCUAAUACAAUCGGUCUAUAAGAUGCUUCUGCCUUAGCUAAUACAAUCGGUCUAUAAGAUGCUUCUGCCUUAGCUAAUACAAUCGGUCUAAAAGAUGCUUCUGCCUUAGCUAAUACAAUCGGUCUAUAAGAUGCUUCUGCAUUAGCUAAUACAAUCGGUCUAUAAGAUGCUUCUGCCUUAGCUAAUACAAUCAGUCUAAAAGAUGCUUCUGCCUUAGCUAAUACAAUCAGUCUAAAAGAUGCUUCUGCAUUAGCUAAUACAAUCGGUCUAAAAGAUGCUUCUGCCUUAGCUAAUACAGUCGGUCUAUUUUGUUUUGUGCAAUCCCUUUUUGAGAUGUUCCAUAAUGACAGAUCCCCAACCUGAUAGAGCUGGAGAGACGAGCUUUAGUAUAAAGGUAUCCACUCCCUCCAUCACAGCCUAUCCAGUCAGCUAUUCAGGAUACUCAUCGAGUACUGUUGAAACCACACCUGGAAAUAGCCUAUAGGUUUUGGGCAUCUUGUUUUGUGCAGCUCUCUGCUUUAGCUAGGUGUCCAGUUUGCCUUCUUAAUUUACCUCCAAAUGACCCUAAACCUUCUUAAUUAACCUUCAAAUUACCCUAAACCUUCUUAAUUUACCUUCAAAUGACCCUAAACCUUCUUAAUUAACCUUCAAAUUACCCUAAACCUUCUUAAUUUACCUUCAAAUUACCCUAAACCUUCUUAAUUUACCUCCAAAUGACCCUAAACCUUCUUAAUUUACCUUCAAAUUACCCUAAACCUUCUUAAUUCACCUUCAAAUGACCCUAAACGUUCUUAAUUUACCUUCAAAUUACCCUAAACCUUCUUAAUUUACCUCCAAAUGACCCUAAACCUUCUUAAUUCACCUUCAAAUGACCCUAAACCUUCUUAAUUUACCUUCAAAUUACCCUAAACCUUCUUAAUUCACCUUCAAAUGACCCUAAACCUUCUUAAUUUACCUUCAAAUUACCCUAAACCUUCUUAAUUUACCUCCAAAUGACCCUAAAACUUCUUAAUUUACCUCCAAAUGACCCUUAAACCUUCUUAAUUUACCUUCAAAUGACCCUAAACCUUCUUAAUUUACCUUCAAAUGGACAUUAGCCUAAUCCAAUUAUGAUGCAAGGGCCAAAUCAACGGGGUUGUGGGCAGACCUUUUAAAAUCAAUGAAUCGAAUGGUUGGAUGAAUGUUGUGAGUUUUUAUGAUUAAUGCUGACAAGAAUGAUGGAACGACAGAAAUAUCAGAUUGUUGUUUCCGGUUAUUUAUGCAAAUGACAUUUUAUGUGCCUUAUUGUAUGAUAUUUGAUUUUUAAAUUUUAUCUACCUUUUUUUAAAUCUAGAUGUACAUGCAUUAGAUCCCAAAAUGAUUUUAUUAGAAAUAUGUUGUGUGUGUACUAGUCUCUGGGAGUAACUCAACAUUACAUCCUCUCAGAAGAACCUAAGCUUCUUUCAGAAAGUGCCAUGAAACAAACCUUUUGAUUUUACACGAUGUUUCCUCCCUCUCGGAAACGGAUGUAGAGCUGACAUCAGAGAGGUGGUGUGGGUGUUGUGGUGUGAACUUGUGUUCACAGCCUUCAGCGUUUGCCACUAGAAUGUGAUUUAUGCUACAGCCUAUACGAUGCUGGUAAAUGAGCGGUGGGGUUUACAGGCUCUGUGAUAACUGACAACGGCAGCAGGAAGUAGGGCUCAGAUUCCAGUAACUGUACAUUAUUUAGGCUUGUCUUUUUAUUUCUGCAUCUUUUUAUUAAAUGAAUGAACCACGGGUGGUUUUUAUAGUCUGGAAAGGGUAUCAUACUGAAAAUGUACAGGGCCAAACCUGAAGAUCUAUUUAAGUGUGCAUCACAAAUGGCACACUACUCCCUUUUCUAGUGCAUUACAUAAGUAAUCAGGGUGUCAUAUGGGACUUAGUGUAUGAAAGCCUAAACCAAGAGAGCAAUAAAACCUCAUUCCUUUCUUUAUUCAAAAUUUUUUUAAUCAAUUUAUUCAGGUGAUCAGCUGUUAGUUUGAAUGUAAACCUAACCAAAACCAGUCAUGGGACUGCUCUUCUAGGUAAGGAGAGAGAUGCAAAUGGUUAUUUAUUGGGGGGGGUGGGUGGACUCUUGAGUUGGAAGAACCAUGUUAUUCCACCUCUCAAGUUGCAGAGGGAGUUUGCUUCAUUCUGUCAAGAGAAGAGAGGUGGAGGUCCUUCAGGGCUUUGUGGAAACAGAUGUUAGUUUGACAGAUCACUGUGUUGUGUAGAGGAUUGAAUGAAAGCGUGUGUCUGUUAGUGGAAA